AUGACCUCUGCGAUUCAAGAGAACGAGACUGACCCCUCUGCUGACAAGGCAGAUAUUGCCGCGCUCCUUCCCGCUUACGGCUCCUCCUCUGCAACGGCAUGGCUUGAACGUGAUCGUUACCGCGUCUGGCGGCCGCCUGUGUCGGCCCCCGUGCGCGAAUCUACCUUCACACCCGCUCAGGGCUAUUUUCGAGCAGAUCCGUAUAUCUUCGCAUGGGGCAACCCGUUGGUGUCUUCCCCCGCCGCGCUGGUACCCACCGUGGCAGCGUUUUGGACGUGGUGCAAGCAGCGAAAUCUUCGUCUCGUAUGGUGCUGCGUUGACGGCCACAUAGAGCGUGUUCUUGGUGCGUCCGGGAGCGAGUUUGGGUGGAGCACUGUCAGCUGCAUCUCAGAAGACAUCGUCGACCCGAAGGAGGUCGUCCACAUUGUCGAUGAUCCUGGAGGCGGUUCGACGGUGAAAGAUUUGAAGAAGAAUCUUAGAAGGUCAGAGAGGGAGAACGUCGUCGUGCGUGAGGUCAAGCAUGAAGAGUGGACCGAAGAACAGAAGCGAACCGUAGAAGAAGGGAUACAGGCUUGGAAAAAGUCACGUACGGGGAUACAAAUCGCCGCUACGUCAUUUCAACCGUGGAUCGACUUUGAACACCGCCGCUUCUGGGUCGCCGAGAAAGAUUCCGUGAUCGUCGGCAUUCUCAUCCUCUCUCCCGUUCGCCCCGCCUCAUAUCAGAUCAAGAACGCGGCUGGCUUCCCCAACGCGCCGCGCGGCACUGCAGAGCGGCUCAUUUACAGUGCCAUGCGCGACCUCCAAGAUGCGACGCACCUUGACCCUCGCGCACCUGAAAUCCAGGACCAGCAAUCGCCGAGCGAAGACGAUCGCGCACGUAUAACGGUUACGUUUGGUAUCUCCGCCGCGGACAAAUUGACGCCUGUGGGCAAUCUCUCCGGGUGGAAGGUCUCGUGGCUCGGCAAGGCCUAUGGCAAGGUCGUCGGCGCGACCGGGCUCGUGCGCCGAGGGAAUUUUAGAGAUAAAUUUCACGCGGAACAUAUGCCGAUGUAUGUGUGUUAUCCGACAGAGGACGGCUUCGGCCUUGACGGUAUCAACGCGCUCAUCAAGUGCCUGCGGCAGUAG